UUGAAGUUUGUUUCUUUCCAACUUGAUCCUGUGAAGUUAGUUCAUAAGACAACCGUCACCUUACCGCGGUGCCCUAGACGUAGACAGUGUGGACUAGACUAGACUCUCGGCUGACAAAAUGUGGUGUGUCAAGAUCGCUGUACUCGCUUGCUUAGCUGUGGGAGCGUUUGCUCAGAGCACAACUGUUAUGCCGUCUAUUGAUCCUGUCACCUUUUGUGGACGAAACAACGGUUCUGAUUGCGAACGUUGUAUCAGUGCUAGACAACCUAGUCCCACCAACCCGGCUCUCGAGACUGUCUGCUUUUACUGUGCAGCCAAUCAGCAGUGUCAGCCCUUCACUGAGAACACUGUGUUCCCCUUUAAUGGCCUCCCCUGUCCCAAUCUGGAGUACAAUGUUGGCACUUGCGCAUUGACUGCCCUGAUCAUUGCAGUAUUGAUUGGUCUAAUGCUUUUGCUGAUUGUGGUCAUGAUCACUUGCGUCUGCUGUUGUUGCUGCAUUUGGUGUGCUCAGAGGAGAAAGAGGGCUAGGAUGAUUGAGGACCACCGUUACGUGGAAGAGAAGGAGGGAAUCAGGAAUAGAGCUACUGAUAGGCGGCAAGAGAGAAAAGCCAAAACUGACGAGAUUCGUCGUAAAUAUGAUCUACCAUGAGGCCUGGACACUGACAAUUCUCAAGAUGGCCAUUACAAGCGACUUGAUUCUUAAACUGCGUGUGUUUUUAUAUACAAGUACAGUAGCUUACUUCAUUAGCUUGCUAUACAAGCUUAUUCCAUACGUUCCAUGUGUUUUCUAACUUUAGCAUAAUUUAUUAUUAUGACUGGCUAGCUUUGUCUCUAACCGUACCAGUACAUGUAGUUGUUCAAGCUGUGUUAAAAAAAACCCAUUCAAUUAUGUGAA